AUAUUGUGAAGGUUGGCAACGGAAGUUAGUCUAGUUCAUUCUGGUAUGGUUGGCUGGGCUUCCUAGUUUCGUUGCUGAACGGGGUUUAUUGCUUCGCGAAGAAACACGUGUUUUGUUAAAUACUAUAGUGUUACUUUUCUUACAAAGUGUUUCUGGAAUAUGAUGGAGAAAAGUCUCUGAGUUCAUCCAGGUUGGCGGCUGUAGAGGACACAAGAUGGAUGAAAAAACAUCUGAGGAGGACAUGAGGGUUAUUGUAUCGACGCAACCAGAAAACCCCGCUGAAAGUGCAGAAAUGUCAUUAAAUACACAAACAGAUUCAGGAGAAGCAGGUGCUGCGCUUACAGAGUCAACAGCAGUGAUGCUUCCUGUAGACAGUGUGUGUGAGACAGAGGACUGUGAUAACAAUAACUCAGAGGAUUCAGACAGAUACAAGGACAAUGGACAGAUGUUGCCAACACACCAGGAGGAGAUGGAGGUUGCUGUGACAGAGCAGCUAGAAAAUCUAAUUGAGACCCCUGACAGUGCAAAGACAUCAUCAAGUACACCAACACAUCCAAAGGAAACAGAAGCUGUGCAUACAGAUUCAACAGCAGCAACACUUUCUCUAGACAGUGUGUGUAUACCAGAGGGAUUUGAGGACGAUAACUCGGAGGAUUCAGACAGUGACAGCUCUUCCUCUUCCUCCUCUUCCUCAUCCUCUUCCUCAUCUUCGUCUUCUCCUUCUGCCCCCAUGUUUGAGGAUGACGAUGAUGAGGGCUUCAGCCAGCCAGCCCCUGUCAAAACCAGAGACGAAGUCCUGCUUGAGGAGCUGCCGGCGGUAGAGGAGGUGUGUUUGUCGUUACCAGAGGAUGCAGAACUACAGCCUGUAGGAACAGUCUCCAGUAUCAUACAACAACUUGUUAUCAUCCAGUCUCUAAAAGACACGCCCCCUCUGACUGAUGACAGCAUCAUCUUUAGAUCUGAUAGACUGGCUGUGGGCAAGGUGUUUGAGGUGUUUGGUCCGGUGUCCAGUCCACUAUAUAUUUUACGUUUUAACUCUAUGGAGCAUCUGCUCAGCAAGGGGUUGACACAGGGACUGACUGUUUAUUAUGCACCAGCCAUCAAAGAGUACACAGGAUACAUCCUCACGCAACAGCUCAGACUUUUAAAGGGAUCAGAUGCAUCCUGGAAGAAUGACCAAGAACCACCAGUCGAGGCUUUAGAUUAUAGUGACGAUGAGAAAGAGCAGGAAGCGAAGAGGAAAGUGAAAAACUCCAAAAAGCGGAGGGAUGAUAGUAAUGCAGAAAAUGCUGCCAGCAUUACCCAGAACACCUCACAGCAGCAGCCUGACGUCAGGGGUUCCCCAUCAAGACAUGCAGGGCCUGCGUUCAGGCACCAGAACCCGAGGAACAAGCAGCCACCGUUCCAACACACACGUCCACCACCACCACCACCCAGACAAGUACAUGCGCCUCCCAUGUACCUCCCACCUUCCCAUGCUUACCCUCCUCCACCUCCUCACCAUUUUCCCCCACCCAAUGUUCAUCUUUACCCCCCUCCUCCAUCUUUUUUCAACCCAUCUUUCCCCUUACCUCUUUGGCCACCAAACUUUGUCCCAUUCGCUGACCUCCCUCCUCCUCCCCCUCCUCCUCCUCCUCCUCCACCACCUCAGUGAUUCCCCCCAUACACUCUGUACAUGUACACUCUUACCUACUGGUAAGAUCUUGUUAGAACAAUAUUAUUUGUUUUUAGACUGGACAAUCAUCCAUGCUGAUCAAUCGCUGACUGUGCUAGUUAAUGGUGUGCUUUCAUUGAUUAUAAAAUCAAAUAUAAACAGGGCUGAUGGAGCCAGUUGAUGUACGUUGACCAACCGCCUCUGCAGUGUUUGUAAUUUAUCAUAUGUGUCUCAAGACCUGUGAGAAAACAACUGCCCAACUUGUAAAUGACGUGCUCAACGUGUGAGAAACAAGAGCCUGCUACUUAAAGUCUAUAUGUGUGAACAAGAUGUAAGAUUCUAUCAUUUCUCCUGAUCUCACUGUCUGAGGUAAUGCCAGAAUCCAAUGGGCACAUUUAAAUAUGCUUGAAUGUCAAGCACCUGAUCCAACAAGUGAGGGCUCACCUGGCUGAGUUUUGUGUCCUUACUUGACAGCUAAGUUGACAAGAGGAAAUGUAUGGUCAACUUGAUGAAAUCCUUAACAUUUGUGUAUUUGGUCAGACUUUGCUUGAACGAAGAAUUGUGUAUUCUCUUAGUGUAGACAAGUAGAACUGUCAGGGUGUUGUGCGUCACAGUGCACUGAGUGCAUCAGGUCAUCGAGUUUUCUCGAUACUUCUGACCAAAUGUGUUUGAGGCUGUUGCAUACACAUUAGACAUACUAAGUUAGUGCCACUUGUAUUCAGUUUUGGGUUAAAAUUGUUUGAUAAGCAAUAAUAUGUCACAGUUAAACCAGCCUGGAUUUUUAGUUUCUUCAUUUUUAUGUAACUUUAAAUUUCAAAUGUGAGUUACUGUAUGGAGUCCAGACUUCAUAACAUUGUUGUAUUGGCUGGAAAUAUGCUCUGAAAACCCAACAAGUUGCUCGUGAUUUUUUUUUUUUUAUACUAGAAUAUUUUGUAAAUAACAUUUACGCUAUAUGAAGGCCAUCAUUCGGAAACGUCUCUGUGCAAGAUGUGCGUCAGUGUUUUGAGCCACAUUUGUAUAAAUAGUUGUUUUCUAUGGAGUUAAUUGAUAGAGCAAAAAGGAGAGUGAAUAUUGGACUUGUAUUCAUCAGGUAGAUGAGCAACAUGGUUGUGCAGUAGUUAGCAAUGGUCACCUCAGAAGAUUCCUGGGUCAAAUCCCAACCAGGGCCUUUUCUAUGUGGAGUUUACAUAUUCUCUCUGUAGCUUAAUUAGAGGGUUCUAAAUUGCCCCAGAGGGCUGUGUCAGCAGGGGCAUCUGGCAGGGUGACCACCCCACCCCAAACACACACACAGCUGGGAGUAGCUAAAAAAGAAAUCGCAUUUAUCUGGUACACAUGAUUCCAACUGAAUGUUGGCUGUGUAAAAAGACGAACAUGUUAAGACAGUUAUAGAUAGUUAAUAAGAUAAUGAUGCUAAUGUUGCAAUUUCGAGCUGUUUCCACUACCCGCAAGUGGCCAAAAAGUCAUGUAUUGUGUGUGCGCUGUAUGUGAUUUUUACCAUAAACAUAUUAAACUGAUUUUGGUGGAGAGUUGUGGAUAAAUGUAGCCAUCCUGUCAUUUGUCGAUGACCCACUCUGUUAUAGUGUAUUCAAAAUGACAGCUGUCCAAAAAUAAAUGUCAUUUGAUAAAUUAUUUUGUAUUGCACCACUCUCAUUUGCCACAAAGUGGUGCUAAAGCUGCAUUUCAAAAAUUAUUAUACCAGUACAUCUGCAAAAUGGAAAUUGUGCUUGAUUUGUGCCUGUUUUUCUACACAAGCAGUGACUUUGAGCUUAUAGACAUCUGCAAUAUGGACCACAGAUGAUGAGCUCUGAGCUAACUCGAUGUACAGUACAUCAAAUAGCAACAUGUAUGUUGAAUAUUGUACACGGUCCCUUACAGAUAUACAGUUGUAAGAUAGACAUUUUAUAUAUAAAUCAUUCAUGAAACACUAUUUAAGCUGAUAAAACACAGUCAUAAUCAUUCAUGUCUGUAUUGAACACACUCAAACCUAAAAGGUGAUGGUGGAAAAAGUAAUGGCAACAUUAUUUUAAUAACUGGUUGAACCUUGUUUGGCAGCAUAAACAUCAGCAAGCUCCUCUUGUAGCUGUGGAUUAGACCUGGACAACAUUCAGGAGGAAUUAUGGACCAUUCUUCCUGACAG